AUGCCAUCGGCCUAUCCACAUCAUCGUCCCUACGAUGCCCGUCGCGACAAGAGACCCUCGACUGCCGACGAUCUAAACAAGCAUGCGCCGAAUGAGCCCCAGGUCAUCUCUACUCUGAUUGCCUCGCUCGACCAAAACAACUCUCCGAUUACCCACGCCUCGUACGCCUACGUCUCGACAUCCGACGCCAACGACAAUCAUGGCGCUUUCUGCACAAGCCCCGACCUACGCCCACCGCUGAAACACAGCCAGAGUUUUGGCAUGGACUACGGCGCCUACCGUCAGCCAAUCCAAUCCCACGACUACGAUAGCGACGGCGCCGACUUUCCUGUUAUCCGCACCUCGAGACGCCCUUCAGGAAAAUCUACACACACUGCACCACCCUCGCCGAGUCUGAACGGCUUGCGAGAGAUACUGCGCUCUGCUUCCAAGACAUCUUUGUCCCUGAACGGCCUUGACAGACUCAGUCGCAGCAACAGUAGACUGAGUGCCGAAAGUCGCUCCAGGAAGCAGUCCCUGUCCUCUCCUACAAAGCUCUCUUUGGACGCACAGUCACCUACCGAAAGACUCGUUCGCAGAGCUUCGCUUCGUCAGACGUCGCGCGAAACACUCCAGCCGAACAAGGAUCCUCAGCAUCUGGCCGACCAGGCUCUGUUGAGCCCGAACCUGGGCUCUGAAGCCAAGGAUUCUGGAAGAAAGAGCUCCAAAGGGAGACUAUACUUGGAGGAUGUGCUUGAAGACAUGGCUACACCGAGUCCCACCAUAUCCAUGAGCCGACCAUCAUCCAAUCAUGCUCGUCCUUCGAAUAGCAGAGGUGCUUCGUUCAAGGCUUCAGCUGAAAGUCUGCCCGCCAGCAGUUCGAGAAGUACCCUUCCAACCUCUUCCAGCAGCCCCAUGGCUACGAAAAUACCUCCACGAUCUUCUUCCCUCAAUAGACUUUCUAGCCCCACGAAACCCAAAGGCAAGAAACUCAGCAAAGGCAAACGCGCUUUGGCUGCUCUCAGGGAAGUCAAGGAGGAACGCGGUCCUCGGCGCAAGUCAAAGGCUGAUGCGCUGAAAGACAUGUUUGACGGCCUGGACGAACAAGACGAGACUGUAAUGCGCAUCAAGCAACUCCGCCAGCAGAAGGCACAGCGAGAUCGUCUCCGCAUAGAAUCUGAUGAGGCUCUGCGUACACAGAACGACAUCGGGCUCGUGCACGACUCGGCAAGCUCUUCGGCGACUAAAUUGCCGGAUUUACAAAUGCGAGCCGCCAAUAGAGGCCCCGCCAGAGUCCCUGAUUUGCGCAAGGCUCACCGUAUGCUCGGCCUCGACGAACUAUCACCUAAGGCUUCCGUGGUUCAGUCUCAAGACACCACAACGGCUUCCNNCCCUUUUGACAGUAACGUUCGCACAAAACCUAGCGUCGCCCGUGACUCUCCCAACGUCUCUGCAAACCUGUCUUCUUUUCCUCCCGACUCUCCUACCAUUGGAAAUGCCUUUUCUACCUCGACCGACUACUAUCGUCCUUUCCAUACCCAGAUUGCCAAUGUUGCAGACGAGCAACCAUAUGAUUCAUCUUCAGUCGGUAGACGCGCUGUGGCUCGCAAGUCAACUCAAUCUCACCUACUAAACGGUCUUGACAUUGAGGGCCUCGACAUGUCACCACCCAGUACUGCCCAUUCCAACUCUACAAUACAAUCGCGCCCAAAAUCCAGUCGAAGGAUCUCCUAUGACGCCAGGUUUCGAAGGAAGUCUAUGAGUGAUGCUCGUGACAACCGCCUACUUGAAGAUGACAUCUUGCACGAGCGGAACAGUAAUGUCUCCAUGUCGGUCAACGCUUUCUUGAACAACCCGCGGUUGAACCANAAAAUAGCACACCCUCAAACUGGUCGAAUCAUUUCCUUUUCCGAGGUUGGCGAUCCAAAUGGACAUGCAGUCAUUGUCUGCGUUGGCAUGGGUCUUACGCGUUUUGUGAGCGUCUUCUAUGAUGACUUAGCAUCCUCCUUGGGCCUUCGGCUUAUCACGCCGGAGAGACCAGGUGUUGGAUCUAGCCAAGCAUAUCGAGACAGAGAUCACAUUGGACCUUUGGCCUGGCCAGACGAUGUGGUUACCAUAACUCAUCACCUUGGCAUUCCGGAAUUUAGCUUGUUGGCACACUCGGCUGGCGCAAUCUAUGCUUUGGCAACUGCUUUGAUACUGCCGCAUAGUGUACGCGGUAAAGUACAGCUUCUCGCACCUUGGAUCCCGCCUUCUCAGUUCGAACACAUCAGCCAGAAAGAUAGAUCGCCUGACGAUGUGCCAAUGGCUGCAUUGACAAGAGGUCAACGAUUUCUUCGGGUGCUACCUGUACCUUUCUUGAAGGCUGCAAACGGCAAUUUGUUCUCUCCAGCAUCUCUCAAACCUGCCAGUGUUAACAAAGGCGAUGGAUCACCUACAUCCGGCUCAGCGAGCCCUCGUGGUGUUCCUCGCAGGAGGAACUCAAAAACGCGUCCGGAUCCCGCAAGACGUGAGAGCAUGAUUCUCAUGGAUCAAGUCAUACCUGAGAGACCCAGAGAUACUAUGUUCCCACUACCUGUAUUGUGUGAGGACGAGAAAGGUGACAAGACAGUACGCAAGCCUUCGGAAGUUUCCCUUAAACUUUCUGCGACAGCAUCUCCCAUGGACCCUGGACUUAUGUUCGCAGCAGAAGCCCUCAGCGCUGCUGAACACGCAGCGAAAGAACAUCAAGCGGCAUAUUCUGCUCUUCUGACGGAAAGGACUUGGACUCUGGCAACACGCGACGCAAAUCCCGCUACUGAUUUGAUUGUCUGUCUUGAGCGAUACAGAAACAUCGGAUUCAAGUACGUGGAUGUGCAUAAGAAGGUGGUGAUUACCCACGGCAGCGAGGACAAGCGCGUGCCUGUGGAAAACAUUCGAUGGAUCGGCGAUCAGAUGAACAAACACAACACGCUGCACUGGAGUCUACAAGACAAAGACGCCGAAGCAAACGAUGGCGGUUGCGAAAUCCGCGUCUUGCCAGGCGAAGGCCACGGACUAAUGGCGCAUCCUGGUGUUAUGUCGGAUAUCUUGUCGGACAUCUCAAGCGAAUGGAGUCCAACACGAUGGUUGAUGCUAUGA